GGCCAUGAUUUUGCAAAUACAACUCGGGUUGUUGCUCUGCUUGGCCCGCGGUCACGUGCGUUGCUGUUUUGUAGUUCUCCCAUUGCCCGGCGGGUUCGAUAUUUGCACGGCUCGGUUUUGUUCUGUUCUUACGUUGUGACUCUUCUGCUGCUCCUCCUGCAGAAAUGGGGUUGGACUGGAUUGGUUUUGGCUAUGCAGCUUUAGUGGCUUCUGGCGGGAUGAUUGGCUAUGCAAAAGCAGGUAGUGUCCCAUCUUUAGCUGCUGGUCUUCUUUUUGGGAGUUUAGCAGGACUUGGAGCUUACCAACUUUCUCAAGACCCAAAAAACAUUUGGCUUUCACUGAUUGCUUCUGGAACCUUAGCUGGUAUUAUGGGCAUGAGAUUCUACAACUCGGGGAAAUUCAUGCCUGCAGGACUGAUUGCUGGUGCAAGCCUCCUGAUGGUUGGGAGACUUGGACUGAAGAUGUAUGAGAAGCCACAUGAAGGAUAACAGGACCUCACACGAGGCUUGAGACACAUGGAUAAGAAGACUGAACACCAGGCACCAGGAUGAGUGUGCUAUGGGAAAGAGAAGGACAAAGAAAGAGCACGCCCUAAAUAUUGAGGGUCCUAAUUCUUAAAAACAUAUGAUAGAGGUCAUUGACAGUGUCUUAUUGUGUACAGAAAUGUUUCCUUUUCACAUUCUAGAAGUAACUACUGUUUAUGAUAUGAAAUUCAGUGUGGUAUAUUUGUUGUAGAUGAAGACAAUGUGUGUUGACUGGAAAGGCAAAGGCAGGCUUUUGGCUUAACCAAUAAAGAGAUUAUAAAUUAUAAGGCAGCAGGGAAGGCGUGGCUGAAUGCAGUUUUUAUCUGUUCUGUUGCAUGGAAGCAGCAGAGAUCAGGGUCGGCCUGGCUUCCACCAUGGCCCAUAUUGCUUUAUUCUAAAAGCUGUGGGAAUAGUUCCUUAUGCUGGUGUUCUGACGUAACAGUACUCUUCCAAAUUCACAUAGUAAUAACAUUUACAAGGAUGUAUAUAAAGGCAAAUUUGAUAGAGUCUGAGAACCCUCAUCUUACCUGCUUCUUAUAGCAUGUCCAGGGAGCCUUUGUCGCUUCAGAUGUUGUUGGAUUCCAACUCCCAUUAGCCUCAGCCAGUAGGGUCAAUGGUCAGGGAUGAUGGGAGUUGUGGUCCAGCAACCACUGGAAGGCCACAGCAUACUCACCCCUCUCACAUAUAGGAUGUUUUUGCAGGCAUUGAAAGUCGCUGCAGAUGCCAUCAUAGUUUCAGCAGAGGAGAGGAUCAGGCUUAACCCUGAUGGAGUUUUCAGCUAGGAGCUUGCUUCUAUAGAAACAUAAGGGUAAUAUUUUUCUUACCAUGUUAAGUAAAAUGCUACUGGUUUUUGUUUUUGUUUUUAAUUAAACAGAUAGAAUUAUGGUAGUCAAAACUAUUCUUUACUGGAUUGGUAUACUUUUGUGCUCUUCUUUUUUCGAACUUAUUUUUAUUAUUAUUUUUUGAAAGAUGCAGUCUUUGAUCGUAUAUCCAUGUCUUAUCUUUUUUAAUAUAAUGAAUUGGUGGGAAAUACUGAAUUCAAUCCAUAUAUGCUAUUUUCUUACAGCAUUAAACCCUAUGCAGACGACUUGA